CGUCAACGUCGUUCACUCCAUCUCCCUCCCGUUCACCGUUCCGCCUCUCUCUCUCCGCCGUCCCCGCCGUGUCUCCCAUCCACCAACUGACCCGACCCGGAAAUUACAACACUUCUCUCUAAUCUCCGGGUGAACGCUAGAACCCUCCAAAAGACACUAAAACCUCACAAGCCUUCUUCCGAACUUCACAGUCACACAGCUCAAUUCGGAACGCAAGCUAAUUUCAGCUAAAAACCCUGCAGUUUUUUCGAGGCCAUGGAACAAGCUCAAUCACCCUCAAUCGGCGACUGCUUGAAGCUGCUGAAAGGCGAAAGAGACGAGCAGCUCCUCGCCGGGUUGCUUCUAGUCACCAAAGUUUGCCAAAGAGACGACCUAGCCUCGCUUCGUGCGGUUUAUGAUGCCGUGGACGUUCGGUUUCUCGACAGGCUCUUCAAGACUGGGAUGGGUAAAGGAGCUGCAGCAGGCAGUGGUUUGGAUAACCGAGAUGCGUAUUUGCAGCUAUCAGUCACGAUUGUUGCUGCGUUUUGUCGCAUUCCAGAAAUUGCUGCUUCCAUGGACAUGGUAUCCAAGGUUCCCAUGGUCCUGAAGAUAAUGACGGAAUCAAAUGAUGCUGUUCUUGAAGAAUGCUGUGAAAUUCUAUAUCUGGUAGCAACUUCUUCAGAAGAUGGAGUAAGCACGUUUUGUGAAUCUGAGGGUCUUAAAGUCAUAGCUUCGAGAAUGCAUACUAUGUCUGAUGGUUCUCGUACCAUGGAACUGUCAAUUAAGAUAUUGCAAUACGUGCUUAGUAAGCUCCCUCGAGACUUCAUCACAAGCAGCCAUCUACUGGACCUUGCAACUGUGGUGGAAUCAUUAGCAAGACAGUUUGCUGUAUUGCACAGUCCUCUGAAAUUUGAAGCACUUCAUUUACUUUCAGUGAUUUUCUCUUCGAAGUAUUUGGAAUCACUUCGUGAAACCUUGCGUGUAAUGGGAGGCAGCAAGUGGUCUGACUAUAUCCACAUUGGUGUUAUGGACAUUUUACAAAAUCGAGUUGCUCCUGCUGAUAAGGUUCACGCCCUUGUUCUGGCUGAGUCAAUGUUGUCUAUAUCAGGGGAAUCCUGGCUGCUUCGCCAGCCAAACUUGACAGAUUGCAAGGCGUCUGUGCCCGUUGAUAGGUGUCUAUUGCUUGUCUUGGAGUCUGCAAGAGUAGAAGUGGCUGUUUUGCUGAAUGAACUGGCUUAUCUCAAGUAUGAAGCUUCAAAGUAUACCUCAAAUAGUGACACUGCUCUCUCAACAAAGCAGCAGCACCUAACUGUUGCAUUUUCCUUGGUUGAAGGAAUAAUCAAACUAAUAUCAACCGUGGGUGAAAAUGAAGAAGUCAUUAGUGAAGCAACCAUCAUAAAGGUGAUCAAUGGGCUUAACGAGACAGUUAAUGUAGUAUUGGAGUACUUGCAGGAUGCAAAGGAGCAUGGACAAAAGAAAGGAAAUGACCUGAUUGCUUCAGUAAGACUUGUUGGGAGGUAGUUUCCUGUGACAUUUCUCAUAUAAACGAGUCUCCUUAUUGAUGUUCCACUACAAUUUGGCCUGCAUCAGUUACAGAUGCUUGGAGGAAAUGACCUGUUUUUUCCCCCUGUUUUCGGAUGGAACAAGUAAAGCAAAUUGGUAAACUUUACCUCGCAGAAACACCCUAUGCAUCAAGUGACAAAGUCAGAGAACUUUUGGAGUACAUGUUGUCAAUUGAAGGUGAAGAUGAAACAAGCCCUUUCUAUUCCAUAUGCUUCUUACUUCCAAUGCUGUGCCAAAUGACAAUGGAGAUUCAAGGGUGCAAAACUUUGAUUUCAUCCAGAGGUCACAAGGCUGUGGUUGAGUUUCUUGUAAAGUUGCUCUGUAAUCCCGUGACCGAAGACAUGGAUCGCAUCUUUUUGGCAUGCGACACAAUAAUGAACCUUCUUUUGAAGCAAGAGGAGGUACACUUUCAGAUGGAAGAAUCAAGCUGCAUUAGUCUCUUGAAUGCAUUGGCAUUUUGGGCAGAGAAGUCAGAUGAUCCAUCUGUGCUAAUGAUGGCUGCAAGUAUAUGUGCACUGGGAUUAGAUUUCACAUCAGAAGCAGCCCUUCUAAAGCAUCCUAAUUUCGACUCGAGAUCACUUACUCGUCUUUGCCACCUCAUCUCAAGAAGCUUCGCUUUUGCUACUCAGGGCAUGGCAGAUGCUGUUCGAUCAGAAACAGACCUUAUUGAGAUUAUUACUUCAGGUUUUUCACGGUGGGCUGAUCGGUUCCCUAGCAUAAAAGCAGCAGUUUUGGGAGUUUGAGUAUGUUGCCUUACGAACGAUCGGUUUAGGAUUGCAUCCGGCUGCUAACUGAUAAUCCAUAGCAAUACAAAAGCGCUUCAGAUGUUUCUAUCAGGCGAAGAGCUCUGUACUGCUUGUUCUGUACGAAUGGAGUCAAUGACUUGUACAUUACGACCUAUCUACAAGACCUCAAUUAGGAACUAUGUAGUGCACAAUGUCCUUAAUCCUCUACAUGUAUAAGUGGAACAGUGUAGCUUUAGCCAGUGUUGAACACUAUUAGCAAUAUAUUAUGAAACCAUAAACAUCAUUUUAGCCCUG